AUGACUUUGUUUUCUUUCCUCCACAUCGACGACAGCGCUGACGAUGAAACAGCGACCACCGCCUUAACCGCGAUCAUCACCGCAGCUGUUCACGACCCCAACCCUGCCAUCCCGCUUUCUGAAAUCUACCACCAGGUCGCCCAGAACAACGGUGCUGCGUAUCUUGAUGCCUUGCAUGUUCUUCCUGGACUACUACAAAGCAGUGAUCCAACUGCCCGCGACAUUAUCAGCAUCCUUGGGGAAUGCGGACCAGCCAAAGAGGUAGCAAUCGCGGCCCAGGAGGCUUUGGAACGUCUACGGCCUCGACUGGACGGAGAUGACGAAGACCCUCCAGUACAGACACUGCUUGAGCUCAUUGGCCUGUACACGAACGUGAUUCCACGGAUAAAACUACGAAAGAAGUCGGCCCUCGAUACGGUGAAACCUUACAUUGGAGAGAUACAGGAAGUCAUCCAGCUUGCAUCUCAUCUACUUUCCACCGAACAGUCUAGAGAACUUUUACUAUCCACAUCACUGUUUGUCGAACGUGUGUAUGGCUGGAUCGAGAGCAGGGACACGUCUACAUCUGACGCAAAGGUAGCCUUGAAGAAGCUACUCUUUUGCUCCCUGUCGGCCUCAGCUCCAAGAUUGGACGCAGCACUUGCACAGCGGACAUUCGAAGAGCUCUACCCGCGUCUUGUUGUGCGAGCGCCUCAGGCGCCAGUCGAGAAGGCUGAUGAAAGUAUAGCUGCAGCUUGGAGUGCCUUGAGACUUCUUGGCCAAGCCCAAUCGGAUGUGGCGAAAGAUCCAUCCCAGCCAUCGAUCGUGCUAUUGGCGCAUCUGAAUCUCGCUGAAUUGGUUCAGAUAGACCUCUCCUCGAUACGCCCAGUUUUCAUCGCCUCGAUCCAGUCAAACUUAAUCAUCGACCACACACUGGCCCUACUGCUCAAGAUCCUACACCAACGAAAAGGCGAACUUUCCCCGGAAAUCCUUAUUCCAUUGACCACAGUUCUUCCGACACUUGCCAGUGGACACCCGGAUGCACAGACACGACACCAAGUUUUCCGAAUUCUGGGGCUCCUCCUUUCACGAUCUCCCCCACCCUUGCGUCUCCAGAUUCUGCAGGACCUCACCUCCAACUCGGAGUUUCCCCAGAUGCGGGUUGCAGCAGUGGGUUUGGUGAAGGAAGCUGUCCUCGAAGCUCUGUCAUCGGAACAUCCUCGAAACAACAUCUUUGCUUCCUCGGCCUUCUUACGCACGUUUGGACCCAUACUGUUCCAGCCCCGUCCAGCCGAUGUAUUCGAUUCUUCGCUUUCGGUCAAGGAAUUCGACGAGACCCAGGAACCCAAACGGUUGGUUGAGUGUUUGUCGUUGUAUUAUAUUCUUCUUGUGAGGGAUGAACAGAACUUGACUGGAAUUCGGGAUAAAGAUGUCACGCGUAGUAUCGAGCACAACCUCCUCAACCCUCUACGGAAACAACUGGAUGCAUGGUCAGCACAGCCUGGAGUAUCUGAAGGCCAUAUUCAUGAUCUCAUGCCGGUGGUGUCUCUUCAGAUGAGUCUAGACAGGGUAGACUCUGCCAAGAAGCAACUGUUCGAGUAA